AUGCGGCAUCAAUGCAAAUGCCACGGAAUGUCGGGCGCCUGCAACGUCCGCACUUGCUGGACGACACUUCCGGAAUUCCGCGAAGUCGGCGCUUACCUGAAGGAGAAAUACGACGCCUCGCUGGAGGUCAGCUCCGACCCGUCGGGCACGACGCUCAUCACGGCCGACCAUCUCAACGACAACCGCAAGAGUCUCAAGACCAAUCCGCCGCAAGUUCACGAUCUCGUCUACCUGGAACACUCGUCCGAUUACUGUUCCUUUGAUCCCCUCACUGGUUCGAUCGGGACGGCCGGAAGACCGUGCAAUAAAACAUCGAAAGGAAUCGACGGAUGCGAUUUGCUGUGCUGCGGACGCGGUUACGACACGAGGCGAGUGCUGGUGUCGACGCCGUGCAAUUGCACGUUCAAGUGGUGCUGCUCGGUCGAGUGCAAAACGUGCACCCAGUGGAAGGACGAGCACUUUUGCAAGCCGCUGCAGUCGUUCGAACUCAACAAAUUCAACGCCACCAAACAGCAGCAGCAGAAUCAGAAGAAGAAAUGACACAACCGACCGACAUUUUUUGAAAAUUUUGACUAGACAAAAAACAAAAGAAUAAUUUCCAGAUAUUAUUAUGUUAUUAUGAAGUAUUUCUUCCUUUUUUUCUUUACCUUUGUCUCGGUGAGCGCAUUGAUGUACAUAGUUCCAAUUUUUAAGUAUCUGAACAGAAAAAAAAAUUAACUUCUUGAAAUGAUCGAAUCGUCCGUCUUUUUAUUGUCCA